AUGACAUUCACCACCCUACCCCUGGAGGUCAAACUCCUGAUCAUCGCAAAGUUCGCGGGUGAUCAUCUGACACCGGGCAGACUGGGUUCCUGCAACAAAGAGCUCGCCAACCUUGGGAAUCAAAGAAGACGUGAUAAACUGUCGCAUUUCCGGUUGCAGUCUGCUCUUCAAUUCUACUGGCUACGCUUGGAUAUCGUGCUGGUGAUUCUGCUAACAUCCCUCCCUUUCCUGGAGAGCCUCGAGAUCGGUCUUGGACAUGGAAAUUACACUGGUUUCGAUAAUGACUUUUUGGUUGAUGACUUGGUGCAAGAUAUCUUGUGCAAAAUUCCAAGUGGAACAGUCUUGAUUGACUCAAAGCCUGUCCUUCAACGGUUGACUCAUUUGAAAAUCGAAUGCCGCGACUCUUCCGCCGGCGACCCCCUUCCUCUUAUGAGCUGGCUGCAGUUACCCUCGCUGACACACUUCUUUGGCUCAAAAUGGGGCAGUCACAACCUCGAAGAGAAUGAUAUCAAAAAUCUACCUAACAGAUUCUCGCCAUCAAUCAUUCACCGGGAAUUCCGCGAUUACGCACUCACUGCUCCCUAUCUCCAUCGCCUCCUGACGGAUGUGAAUUCCUCGAGACCUUGA